AUGCCUGCAAACACUUCUCAAUCAUCAUCUGAAGUUAGUCAAGACACUAUAGCAAAACGUGCCAGGACUUUGUAUGUCUGGUGCCAUUUCACCAUUGAGGACAAUAAAACAAUUUGUUCAGUAGUUUUGUCUAGUGGCAAGGUUUGUGGAAAGGCACUUGCCCGCGACAGGACUUCUAGUACAAAGGCUAUGUCAGAUCAUCUCCAGUGA